CUAUGUUUUGUGCUCGUAACGUCAUAUCUACAAAAACGUGUUUACUAAUUUUUAUUUUAUUCCUAAAGUAAAAAGGCGGCUUAAAAUCGAAUAUCUGUUGACUAUGUCUGGGCUGUUCGAUGAUGAUUGUGGUGCAGAAGUGCAAAUCAAAACUGAUAAUGAAUACGCAAAGAAUUAUAAUACAUGGAGAAAGAAAGAAGAAUUGAACAGAUUGAAAACGAAGUAUGGAGAUGAUGUAGAACUGAGCGACGAAUCAUCGAGCUCAUCAGACGACGAGGAUGGAGUUGAAUUAACAGAGCAGUUAGAGAAAGAUUUUUUCAAAACCCUGGCUUGCUUAAAAAGCAAAGAUCCUAGAAUAUACGAUAAAAACGCGACCUUUUUCACAGAUGAAAUUGUAGGAACAACAUCCGUGAAAGUGACAAAGGUAAAGGAUCAGCCUAUGUUUUUGAAAGACUAUGAAAGAAAGCUGAUACUAGAAAAGGGAGGUGUGUUAAGUGAUGAAGAAAAUGAGAUAGAAAGGCCUAAAUCACCAACAUACGUUGAGGAACAAAAUCAGAUCAAGGACAGUUUGAAAAAAGCUUUGGAUGAAGUUGACGACAAUGAUAAUGAAUGGGGAGGACUAUUUAAACAGAGAACUAAAACCAAGGAAGACAAGGACAAAGAAGAAACAGACUACAUACAAUGGUUAGCAGGUCAGAAAAAAGAAUUGAAAGAUAAGAAAGAAGAAAAGCAACUGAAGCCACUCAAAGAUUAUUGGAACAAGCCUAACCUUGAUGAAGGUGAAAAGUUUUUGAGAGAUUAUAUUUUGAAUAAAAGGUUUCUUGAUCAUUAUAAUGAUGAAUAUGUCCCAACAUAUGAAGAAAUUGUUCAUGGUACUGAUGAGCUAUCAAAUGACGAAGAAACUAUUGAGAAACAGGAAGAAUUUGAGCACAAAUAUAACUUUAGAUUUGAGGAACCUGACCAAGAAUUUAUCAAAAGGUAUCCAAGGACAAUGGAAAACUCACUGAGAAAAAAAGAUGACAGAAGGAAAGUAAAGAGACAAGAGUUGAAAGAGAGAAAAAAGAAGGAGAAGGAAGAAAAAAUGCAAGAUUUGAAGAAGCUGCAGGAACUGAAGAGAAAGGAGAUUGAAGAGAAAUUGGAAAAGCUGAAAGAAAUUACUGGAAAUCCUUCUAUUGGCUUUGGUGAUGAUGAUCUAGAUGGAGAUUUUGAUCCUGAAGAACAUGACAGGAAGAUGCAAGCUUUAUUCAACGAUGAGUUUUACCAAGGGCCAGAAGGAGAUCAGAAACCUCAAUUUCCAGAUUUGGAUGAAGAAUUAGAAAUUGAGAACUGGGAGAAAUAUCAAGGUGCUAGCAAUGAAAAUGCUGAAUAUGAACCCCAUUGUGAAGAUGAAGACUUCAAUAUGGAUUGCGAGUAUGACCCUAGUGCAAGCACCCAAGAAGAACUCAUUGAAAGCACAAAGUCAAAAAAGAAGAGGAAAAGAAAAUCCAAAUUUGCUGAGGCUAUGAGCAGGCCGAAACCAAAGUUUGAUCCCAAUGAUAAGAACUAUGAAGAAUAUUUUGAAGAGUAUUACAAACUGGAUUGUGAAGAUAUCAUUGGAGACUUGCCAUGUAGAUUCAAGUAUAGACAGGUUGCACGUAAUGAUUUUGGACUCACCAUUGAAGAGAUUAUCUUAGCAAAAGAAAGGGAACUCAACAAAUGGUGUUCAUUGAAAAAAGCUGUUCAGAUCCGGCCGGAUCAUGUUGAAAAAUAUGAUCAGAUAGCUUACAAGAAAAAAGCUCAAAAUAUUAAUUUGAAAAAGAAAAUUCUACCCAGUCUUUUUGGCGAGGGUGAUGAAGAAACAGAUCCCCAAAACAAAGGAGGUCAGAAUACUGAAAAAAAUAUUACAAAAAAUGCUGAAUUCAACAAGAUUGAGAACUGUCCCGAAAAAAAGGUGGAGGACAAAAACGUGAAAAAGUCUAAGAAAAAGCAACAUAUAUCUGAAGAGCUACCAAAAACAACUACAGAUGAUAAGCGUGAAGAUACACUCUCAAAAAUAGCAGAACAUUCAGCAGCAGUUGAGAAUGGGGGAACGGUUCAGAAGAAAAAGAAAAAAGUGAAAAAUGGAAACAAAAAAGUUCAAUGUGCAGAAGGAAAUGUAAAUCUGAAAACAGAUGACAAUAAUACUGCAAUUGAAAUAGAUUGUAAGAAACAUAAAAGGCAGAAAAAUAAUAAGAAACUGGAUGCUGAUGUAGGCAGUACAAAUGCACAGAGUGUUCAUAGUAGUAAAGAGGCGAAUCCAAAGAAAAUGAAAAAACGUAAACGUAAAGGCGUUGUCAGUAGCGAAGUGCCAUCAAAGAAAUCCAAAAGUGUGGAUGAAACAGAAAACCCUGUUGCAAAAAUAUCAGAUGCUAGGUUAGCGGCGUUUGGAAUCAAUCCAAAGAAGUUUAAAAACAAGCUGAAGUACAAAAAAUAGUUGUAUGUAUGCAUGUUUUUCUUUGAAAUAUACAGGGUGUCCCAUGUAGAACUGUAGCAAUCAAUUACUCAAGAAGUUGAUGUAGAUAAUUAUGAAAACUUGGGGUUGUGGUAUAACUUAUGUAAGUACCAAUUUGCUUAUUUCAAUUAUAAUUUUUGAAAUAUUUCCAAAACUUAAAAUCCAUUUCAUAUAUAACAUCACAUUUUUAAUUAACCCUUUAUUUAACAAAUAUUUUGUGUAAGAUAUCGCAAAUGCAGUGCCAUAAAAACCUAUGACUUUUUCGUAAAUUUUUGCCUUUGUCGAACGAUUUCUAACUGCUCCAUUAUACAUACUUUGUCUCUAUUCAAUAUUUUUUUAAUUUCAUAAUACAGUGUGGUCAAACAAUUGG